UAAGGGAAAGAGAUUUAUAAUUUAAUUCUGAAAAAUAAGAUUAGAGAGGAGAAAAAGAAAAGGGGGUUGUCUUCUUCAAGUGAUCUAUCUGCUCGAACGUUUACUUUCAAAGCAUCGAUCGAUCUUUUCUAGUUUUCCCAAGAAAAUGUUGGAAAAGAUCGGAUUGCCGGCGAAGCCUUCUCUGAGAGGAAACAGUUGGGUCGUCGAUGCUUCUCAUUGUCAAGGAUGCUCCUCUCAAUUUACUUUCAUCAAUCGCAAGCAUCAUUGCCGGAGAUGUGGGGGCUUGUUCUGUGGUAGCUGCACUCAGCAGCGAAUGUCCCUACGUGGACAAGGUGACUCACCUGUUCGUAUAUGUGAUCCUUGUAAGCAACUUGAAGACGCUGCUCGCUUUGAGCUGCGUCAUGGCUACAAAAACAGAUCUGCAAAAGCAGGUGGCUCUAAAAGGACCGUAAAGAAUGAGGAUGAUGUUCUCAGUGAGAUUCUUGGAUCUGAUGUUGAUGUAUCUUCUUCAUCGGAAUCAGACAGGGUUACAUCUAAAGAAAUGGGAAGCAGCAGCAGUAUGGAGUUGGGUGCUACUCCUGAAGAGUUGCGCAAACAAGCGGUAGAAGAGAAGAAUAAGUACAGAGUCCUUAAACAACAAGGGAAGUCUGAAGAAGCUCUGAAGGCCUUUAAGAGAGGGAAGGAGCUUGAGAGGCAGGCGGACGCGCUUGAGAUAUCCUUGAGGAAGGACCGGAAAAGAGCACUGUCCAUGCGAGAUGUCUCAGCCGCGACGCAGAAGAACAAGGCUGCUACUAAAGAAUCUAGCAAAUCACAAAAGCCUCCACGGAAAGAUGAUUUGGCAGCUGAGCUGAGGGAUCUUGGUUGGUCUGAUGAUGAAGAUAAGAAACCAGCUACUGUGAGUUUGGAGGGCGAGUUUUCGUCUCUUCUCCGUGAGAUCCCUGGAAGGACGACUAACCCACAACAGAAGAGUGGAGGGGGAAUCGACAAGAGUCAGGUGAUUGCCAUUAAGAAAAAGGCACUUGCGCUUAAACGUGAAGGGAAGCUUGCAGAAGCUAAAGAGGAGCUGAAGAGAGCUAAAGUUUUGGAAAGGGAGAUUGAAGAGCAGGAACUUCUGGGUGGGGCUGAUGAAUCUGAUGAUGAGCUAUCCGCGCUUAUCAACAGUAUGGAUGAUGACAAAGAAGAUGAUCUGUUAGCUCAAUAUGAGGGAAGCCAUGGUUUUGACAUUGGUAACCUUGUGGAAAGUGUAGAUGAUCUUGGAGUUGAUGGUGCAUUUGAUGUCACAGAUGAAGAUAUGGAGGAUCCAGCGAUUGCUGCUGCGUUGAAAUCUUUGGGCUGGGCCGAGGAUCCUGGUCGCCGUGAGAAUCUCCACACUCAGUCUCCUCCUAACAACAGAGAAGAACGUUUAGCUGAGAUUCAGGCAUUGAAAAGAGAGGCUCUUACUCUCAAACGAGCUGGAAAUGCUGCAGAGGCCUUGGCUACACUGAAGAAGGCAAAACUACUUGAGAGGGAACUAGAGUCUGCUGCUGAUACAUCCUCACAAGCUGCUGCUACGAGCCUGAACCAUCCUCCCAGAAGCAGGCUAGCGAUACAGAGGGAGCUUCUUGCAGUGAAAAAGAAAGCGCUUACUUUGAAAAGGGAAGGUAAGUUUAACGAAGCUGAAGAGGAAUUGAAGAAAGGAGCGGUUCUCCAAGAGCAGCUUGAAGAGCUUGACAAUUCGUCAAAGUUAGCUGCAGCAGGAAAGGCUAUUCGUGAAAAAGAUAUGCCUGAUAUCACUGUUGAUUCUAUGGAUGAUGAUGGAGAGGUAGAUGUAAAAGAUGAGGAGUUAAAUGAUCCGAGUUACCUCUCGAUGCUUAAGAGCUUAGGCUGGAAUGAUGAAGAUAAUAAUCAUGCGGGUGAUUCAUCUGGAAGAGUUGAACCAGUUAGUACGAAACCAAGAAGAAGCAAAGCUGAGAUACAACGAGAACUCUUAGGGCUGAAAAGAAAGGCUUUAACUUUGCGGCGACAGGGUAAUGUUGAUGAAGCAGAGGAAGUUCAAAAACAGACUAAAAUAUUGGAAGCCCAGUUGGUAGAGAUUGAUUCAGGCAAGAAAACAUCUACUGAUAGUGGGAUGAGUGUAGAAGAUGAUAGUGUUACAGAAAAUGAUAUGAAGGAUCCAGCACUAUUGUCGACUCUUAAGAACUUGGGAUGGGAGGAUGAAGAACCAAAGAAACAAGAAGCUGCAUUUAGCUCUAUGCAGUCUACUGGUCCACGGGUAGCUGCCAAAACAAAGGGACAAAUCCAAAGAGAACUUCUGGACUUGAAAAGGAAAGCACUUGCCUUCAAGCGUCAAGGGAAAAACGGAGAGGCUGAUGAAGUAUACAGUCAUGCCAAAGUUUUGGAAGCACAACUAGCUGAACUGGAGACCCCCAAGGCUGAGCCAAUGGGUGAAGUCUCAGCUUCUACCAUCAACUAUAUGGACGUUGAUUUAUUAGUUGGAUCUUCUCAAAUGGAGGACAAGGCAGGCAAAUCUGCAAGUGCUGCUCAAGGUAAUUAUGACAUGUUAGGAGACUUUAUCUCCCCUGCUAAAUCUGAUUCCUUAAGCACACAUGGGAUGAGUGAAAGUAGAGUUGUUUCUCAAUCAGGCCAGCAGCAACCAAGUAUGAUGGAUUUGCUGACUGGUGAGCAGUGUGAGAGGUCUCAAACAGUGAGACGUGAAGAGUCAGCACCUGGUAGUUUUGAAUCAGCUUCUGUUGAAAAUUCAUCUCCUCAGAACACACUGGAGCAAGAUAUUCUGGCUCAUAAGAGAAAGGCACUUGCUUUGAAGAAAGAAGGAAAGAUAAGUGAAGCUAAAGAGGCAUUGCAACAAGCGAAAUUGCUGGAGAGGAGACUACAGGAAGGAGAAAACCCUUCUCCUGAAAAACUCAGACGAGAUGAUGUGGUUUCUGCAACGCAACCUCCUGUUGUACGAGAGAAAGAGACUAGCCCUUCAAGUUCAGCUGCUCCAAAGCCAAUGUCUAGUCGUGACCGUUUUAAGCUGCAGCAAGAGUCGCUAAGCCACAAACGUCAAGCCAUGAAGCUUCGUAGGGAAGGUAAGAUGGAAGAAGCUGAAGCUGAGUUCGAAAUUGCCAAAACUCUUGAAGCGCAGCUAGAGGAUUCAACAUCCUCAAAAUCAGAACCGGUAGAUGAUAAUGUAGCAGUGGAAGAUUUUCUCGAUCCUCAACUCUUGUCUGCCCUCAAAGCUAUCGGACUAGACAGUUCUGUGAAUGCGUCGGCGAGUAAGCCAGACACGACACAAGCUACUCCAAAACCAGUGCGUGAAGCUGUGAAACCGAGUCCAGCGAAGGAGAGUGAUAGUAAGCAGGAGAGAAUGCAGUUGGAGGAACGCAUCAAAGCAGAGAAGAUAAAAGCUGUGACCCUGAAACGUUCAGGGAAGCAAGCUGAAGCAUUAGAUGCUCUUCGAAGAGCAAAACUCUAUGAAAAGAAGCUAAAUGCUCUUGCGUGAAUUUGAUCAACUUUGGAUUUUUGUAACAUAACCUCAAUGUUUUUUUUAAGAGUUUAUCAGAGUCGAAGACUUUUCAGAAA